AUGAAAGACCAAACUAAAUCAAACCAUUCUCCAUAAAAACAAGGUUCAAUUUCUAUUAGCAAUAUUCAACAUCAAGUGCAGUAUUUAGAAUUCACAGAUGCAAAUGAAUCUUUGUUCCCUUCAAUGCGCUGCUCAAUAGCAGAAGAAUUUGAAUGUGAGGACUUGCAAAGAAAAAAUUUUGCUAAAACAAAAUCACAGAUAAAUGUGAUGAAGUAUGAAAACGCUGAAAAUGUAAAAAUUUACUUUAAUAGCAACUAAAGCAGCAAGCCUUCUUCUAAUUUUUAGUUGACUCCUAUUUAGAAUAAAAACUACCCCAUUAUUGAAAUACAAGAAAUGUUUAAAAACAGCGAAAAAGAAGGGACUAUUGCUAGACCUCACGGAAGUUCCAUGAAAAAAAAUCAGAAUGAAUAAUUAGCAGAAUAUGUAAAGGUUUAUCCUUUUGAAAUACAUAGAGCUAGCAGAAAUUAAAGAAAUCAGGGUAUAGAAAAAACUUUAACUGAUUAAUUUACAUCGGAUAGAGACUAUGAAAAUCUCCAGUAAAUAAAGUUAAGGUCAUCGAAGGAGAGAUCAAGUAGUCUAAAUAAAAACUCAAGUUUAAUAAGAAAACCAAUUAACUUGAUGGCUGAGAUCUAGAAAAGUGCAGGUAAAUUGUCUUUGAAAAAUAAAGGUUAUGAUCCUAAAUUCCAUGAUCCAGAGGAUUUAGAAGAUGAUACAGCAAUGCAGUUCUUUUCUUAGUAAAAAAGCACAAAGAAUGAGUUGAAAAUGAGUAUCGACUCAGAUGAUAAAGACAUUCAGCCUUUCUAGGUUAGUUCGUCUAUUUAAGCUACAAAAGUAAUGUUUAAGGUUCCAAAUCAAAAGAAAUAGAUGACACAAGCAAAAGACUCAAGAUAUAGGAAUAAUUAAACAAAUAGAACAUUGUUCAAGACAUCUGACAUGAAUGAAUACAAGCAGCAAUCUAGGUCAUAAUAUAAUCUCUUACCUUCUACCAAUAUCUCCAAAAAGAUAUAGUCUGUAAAAAAGAAAGUUAAUGGUAUAAUUUCAGCCUAAACUAAAAAAUAAUUUUAAUCACCAUCCAAGGUAAAAAUGUCAAACGUUUUGUAAAAAUCCCCUAUUUUGUUUAAGUCCUUAUCAAGCUAUCCUCUGCAUACAUUCAGUUAGAAGAAAGAAAGACUCUUUGAUUAUUAAAGUAAUGAAGUGAAACCAUCCUAGAAUAUGGGUAGUACAAGAUUUUCAGAGUUAUAAGAAAUUUAGGAAAAAUCCUAGACACCACACAUUAAAUUUUUGAAGGAGAGCCCAUCGAACUCAAAUCUCAAUAAAAAUCUUAAAACACCAUAAAAGCACGCUUAAUCUACUCAAUUGAAAUAAUGCUUAUUAACUAUGAAAGAUUCUACUAUAAAUCGUCAUUGUUAUAUUGAGCAGUCUGACGGUGACUUGAUUGAAGGUUCUCCAAAACUUUCAAAUUAAAUUUCUCCAACAUAAAUCUCUUCUACUAAAAAUCAUUUACCAACUUUUGAAACUGAGAAGUUAUAAACUUCUCAGUUAAAUCAUCAACUCGAAUUGGAAUUAGAUGAAUCCACGCCUUACAAAAACAUUCACUCAGUUAAGAUUGAGGAGUUAGACGAAUCAUUUUCAAAAUUAAAAAUUGACUUGGGCUUUGCUAAUAAAGAUAAUCAUCAUCUAAGAGUUACAAAUAUUGAAGAAGAUCUCACUAUCAAAACUGUUAGCAAGAUAAGCUCUUCUAAGACACUAUAGUAAUUACCAGCAGAUUCUUACUAAAGUGUUCAUAGGAGUCCAAAUUAUGAAAAGUCUAAAUUCAUCCCUUUCAUGUAGAGUAAUCAAAAUAAAUAAGAUUCAAAAAGCAAAAGGAAAGAUGAAGAUAGCACAUCUAGAAACAACCAAGGUAUAAAAUCAGUUAAAACUAAAAAAGGUAGCUCGACUAAACUAAAUACUUUGAAUGGUAUUGGAUCUACUAAAAGGUUGAAUGAAGGACUUGUGAAUGGUGCAAACGUUGAAACUUUCAAGCAGCUAUUUGAGAUGACUAAGAAGAUAUCAAGUGCUGUACCGGUAAGGAAAAUAAACGCUUCAAUUCACGAAGACUCAAUGUUAGUAGUUCGUACACCAAUAAGCAAAAGAUCGACUAAUAAUUUUGUAAAUAAUCAUCAGAGUCAAAAAUAAAUUUAAACCAAAUUGGAGAAAGUAGAAUAAAAAGCAGCACGCAGGAAAAGAGAGGUAAUUGCAUUGAGAGAGGAAAACUUUAAAUUGAGGUCAAUGCUCAACUUUAUGCUGCAAUCUAAAUUAAGUUAAUGA